AAAAUUUGUCAAUUUUUCAUUUCAAGUUUGCUUGUACAACUUUAGGUUCCUUAUCCGACAGUGUUUCUACAUUAGAAAAGUUCAUUAAUACAUUAUGCAGAAACUGGUUAUUUUUUUUAUAGCUCUCAUUAUCUUGGAAGUCUCGUUGGUCACACGAGGUCUGCCAUAUCCAGGUGAGGGUAGUAAGGAUAAGGAAGCAGAAGACCAACAAGGUGCGUCAAGCUCACAUGAAUUAGGUGAGGGCAGUAAGGAUAAGGACGCAGAAGGUGCGUCAAGCUCAGAAAGAAUCGCUGCACUACGUAGAGAAAUCAUUGAAUUAGCUAGAGAAUCGUAUUUCUCGAGUCAAAGGAAUGUACGAGACAUUGGUAGAUUAGCUAAGAAAGAAUUGGAUAAUCCGCCGCAAAAGAGUGUACAAGACCCACAAGGUGCGUCAAGCUCACAAACUUGUGGGACUUGCGAGGGAACUAUAACACCAGACCCACAAGAUGCGUCAAGCUCACGUGGUAAACAACAACUAUCAAUUAAAGAAAUUGUCGAAUCAGGUGAUGAAGAAUUUGACUAUACGCAGCAAGCGUAUGUACGAGGACUAGAUGAAGAUAGUCCGACAGCACCAGAAGAAGUCGGUGUAUUAGCUAAAGAAGAUUUGGUGGAUAACGCGCAGAAAAAAGAUGCAGAAGCUUCCAAACACCGGUUCAAGCAAGUUGCAAAUGUCCUAUGCUGUUGCCCGUCUUUUAAGAAAGGUGAAUGUGGAAAAAAUCCUGAUGGUUCAUGAUUGUAACAACAAGAAAGGAUCCAGAUGUGUCGUUGAAUAAUCCAGUAUAUUUAAAUUGCUAAACUAAAAUAUUAUAUUUUUCACUAAAUUAUAAUACAAUUUUAAUGUCUGGCUAAUUAAAAUG